AGCAGCCCGAGUCCCAGCGAUGCUGAGCGCGGAGGAGCGGGCCGCCUUCGCUGCGGAGAACGCGGACGAGGAACCCCGCGCAGACCCGAGACUGCGUCUCCUGGGGUCCUACGUGGCCCAGAGCCUGCGGCCGGCGGCGGGCGCCUGGGAGCGCUGCGCGGGGACAGCCGAGGCGGAGCAGCUGCUCCAGGCCUUCCUGGGCGGCGAUGCUGCGGAGGAGCCGCGGCCGCUGUUGGUGGUGCGGCCUGGGCCCGGGGGCCUGGCGGUGCGACCCGGGCUGGACGCAGGACCCGAGUCCGGCCCGGCUCGCGCUAAGGGACUUUAUUUCCUGCGCACCCGGGCCGAGCCUCCAGGAAUCAACAGCCUCCGCGCUGCAGUGCUCUGCGGGGACCUGCCCGCGGCGCCUCUGGAGCACCUGGCCAUACUGUUCUCCGAGAUUGUGAUACCUGUCCUGGCCAAUGAGAAAAACCACCUGGACUGGCCCCACAUGGUGUGUCAGGAUGUCAAGCGGCAUGCCCACACCCUGCAGUGUGAGCUCCAGGUUAUUCUUGAGCAGGCAAAGGGGAGAACUUUGCUGCCUCUUCCAGUAGACUCAGAAAAAUUGGAGUUUGUGGAUUCUGAAAGUGAGCCAGUCUUGGAUUCCAUGGAGAAGUCUGUCAUCUAUGCCAUUGAGUCUGCAGUGAUCAGGUGGAGCCAUCAAGUCCAGGUGGUGCUAAAGAAAGACCCUUCUCAGCCACUCUUACAAGGAGAGAAUCCCACCCCCAAGGUGGAGUUGGAGUUCUGGAAGAGGAGGUAUGAGAAUCUGGAAUACAUUUACAAUCAACUGAGAGCAAUUAAGGUGAGGGGCAUGGCUGGGCUCCUGGACAAACUUCAGAGCAGCUACUUCCCAGCUUUCAAAGCCAUGUUAGGAAAUGUUGUGGCAGCUCUGACAGAGGCUCAGGACAUCCAUAUGCACCUGCUACCACUCCACCACCACUUGGACACCCUGGAGAACUUGGAAUUUUCUGAGGUGAAGGCCCGGCUGCGGCCUCUGCUCCACGUGGUCUGUCUGAUUUGGGCUACUUGCAAGUGCUACCGCUCCCCAGGGAGGCUCACAGUGCUGCUCCAGGAGAUUUGCAACCUCCUCAUCCAGAAGGCUUCUAAUUACCUCAGCCCAGAAGACCUCCUGAGAAGUGAGGUGGAAGAAAGUCAGAGAAAACUGCAAGUGGUCUCAGAUACCUUGAGCGUCUUCAAGCAGGUGUUUCAGGACAGAAGGGAGAACCUUCAUACUUACUUCAAAGAGAAGGAGGAAGUCAAGGAAUGGGAUUUCCAGUCUUCUUUGGUCUUUGUGCGAUUGGAUAACUUCCUGGGCCGACUCCAUGUGGUGGCGGAUCUUCUGAAGACAACCUUGGAUUUCCACAAACUGGAAAAGCUUGAGUUUAGUGGUAUCAGAGGGAAUGUCCUGAGUAAGCAGGUCCAGCACAUGUAUGAGGAAUUUCAAGAGAUAUACAAGGUCUUCUUGGAGUGCUCUUAUGACUGCUUGGACAUGUCUUCUCAGGAAUUUGAAAAUGAUCUUUCUGAAUUUAACCAGAGAGUAGAAGAUCUUGACCAGAGAUUGGGGACUAUCUUUCUUCAAGCUUUUGAUGAUACACCUGAUGUGGAGCAUGCAUUUAAGCUGCUAGACAUUGCAGGAAACCUCCUUGAAAGACCCCUGGUAGCACGGGAUGUAUCAGGUAAAUACCUGGUCCUCAUCCAGAUGUUCAACAGAGACCUGGAUGGCAGGAUCAUCUACAGUCAGCACAUCAAGGAGGAGGCAGAACUUGGGUUCUCCACAGUGCACAAAAACAUGCCUGCUGUGGCAGGGGGCCUCCGGUGGGCACAGGAGCUGAAGCAGCGCAUCCAGGGUCCCUUCAGUAAUUUCAGACGCAUCACACAUCCUUGCAUGGAAACUGCUGAAGGAAAGCGAAUGAUACAAAAAUAUGAAGAUAUGCUAUCAUUGCUGGAAAAGUAUGAGACAAGACUUUAUGAUGGCUGGUGUCAGACAGUGUCAGAGAAGUCACAGUACAAUCUCUCCCAACCACUUCUGCAACGCGACUCCGAGACCAAGCAGAUCACUGUCAACUUCAACCCACAGCUGCUUUCAGUGCUGAAAGAAAUGAGCUAUCUUGAGCCUGGAGAGAUGAAACACAUCCCUGAGACAGCAGCAACCAUGUUCUCCUCCAGGGAGUUCUAUCGGCAGCUUGUGGCUAACUUGGAGUUGAUGGCAACUUGGUAUAACAAGGUUAUGAAAACUCUGCUUGAGGUGGAAUUUCCAUUAGUGGAAGAAGAACUGCGAAAUAUUGAUGUCCGCCUGAGAGCUGCAGAGGAGACCCUGAACUGGAGAACAGAAGGCAUCUGGGAUUAUGUCACUCAAGUCACCAACAGUAUUCAUGACCUUGAACAAAGAAUUCAGAAAACUAAAGACAAUGUGGAAGAGAUUCAAAACAUCAUGAAGACAUGGGUGACUCCAAUAUUUAAGAGAAAAGAUGGAAAAAAGGAGUGCCUUCUUUCUCUGGAGGAUCAGCAUGAUCAGAUGGAAAAGUAUUACAGUCUCAUCAAAAAAUCUGGCCUUAAGAUUCAUGCCCUGGUUCAGGAAAACCUAGGUCUGCUUUCAGCAGAUCCAGCCUCCAGCACCUGGAAGACUUACAUCAACUAUAUUGAUGAAAUGUUGCUAGAUGGAUUCUUUCUUGCCAUUGAGUGCUCCCUCAAAUACCUGCUGGAAAACACUGAGGAUAAAGCUGGACUCACCCCAAUAUUUGAAGCCCAACUCAGCCUCGUCAUCCCAGAAUUAGUUUUUCAUCCGUCUCUGGAGUCUGGAGUGAAGGGGGGCUUCUAUGACAUUGUUGAGGGUCUUGUCACAAGCAUCUUUGGGAUGUCGUCUUUAAUACCACGGCUGUCCCCACACAAUGGCUCUCCUCUCUAUCAGGUAGACCUGGAGGGCAUGGCCGAUUUAGCAAGCAUGAGGAACACGCUCAUGGAGAGGGUCCAGAAUAUGAUGGCCCUCUGCUGCAGCUACCGAAACACUUUUGGCCAGUAUUCCUACCUGUACGUGGAGGACCGGAGGGAGAUUCUGGGCCAGUUUCUGCUCUAUGGCCAUGUCCUCACACCCGAGGAGAUGGAAUCCCAUGCAGACAAUGGCAUCCCAGAGAAUCCACCCCUCCUCCAUCAGUUUAAAGUGCAGAUAGACUCCUAUGAAAAGCUCUGUGAAGAGGUGUGCAGCCUGGAGCCCAUCAAGCUGUUUGACGGUUGGAUGAAAAUUGACGUUCGCCCCUUUAAGGCAUCUCUACUGAGCGUAAUUAAGAGGUGGAGCCUCAUGUUCAAACAGCAUCUCGUUGACUAUGUCACUAACAGCCUGAAUGACCUUGAAGUAUUCAUAAAAAUUAGUGAGAAUGGUUUGCUCAAGAAAGUUGAAAAAGGAGAUGUCCAAGGAUUGGUUGAGAUCAUGGGACAUCUUCUGGCUCUUAAAGAACGUCAGAGCAGCACUGAUGAGAUGUUUGAACCCCUAAAGCAAACUAUUGAAUUGCUGAAGACCUAUGAACAAGAACUGCCAGAAUCUGUGUUUAAACAACUAGAGGAGCUGCCAGAGAAAUGGAAUAACAUAAAAAAGAUGGCCACUACUGUGAGACAGCAGUUAGCCCCAUUGCAGGCGAAUGAAGUGCCCCUCCUCCGGCAGAGGUGUGUCGCCUUCAACAUGGAACAGCAGCAAUUCUGGGAGCGGUUCCACAAAGAAGCCCCCUUCAGGUUUGACAGCAUCAACCCUCAUCAAAUGUUGGACGCCAGGCACAUGGAGAUCCAGCAGAUGGAAUCCGCCAUGGCCUCCAUCUCUGAGUCCGCCAGCUUGUUUGAGGUCAAUGUUCCUGACUACAAGCAGCUGAGGCAGUGCAGAAAGGAGGCCUGCCAGCUGAAGGAGCUCUGGGACACCAUUGGAAUGGUGACCUCCAGCAUCCAUGCCUGGGAGACUACCACUUGGAGGGAUAUCAAUGUGGAAACCAUGGACAUCGAGUGCAAACAGUUUGCCCGGCACAUCCGGAACCUUGACAAGGAGGUCAGGGCCUGGGAUGCAUUCACAGGCCUGGAAAGCACUGUGAUGAACACCCUGACCUCCCUACGGGCAGUGGCUGAGCUGCAGAACCCAGCCAUCCGGGACAGGCACUGGAAGCAGCUGAUGCAGGUGACAGGCGUGAGCUUCACCAUGGACCAGGACACCACCCUGGCCCACCUCUUGCAGCUCCAGCUGCACCACUUUGAGGACCAGGUCCAGGGCAUUGUAGACAAAGCUGUAAAAGAGAUAGGCAUGGAGAAGACCCUAAAGGAGCUGCAGACCACGUGGGCCAGUAUGGAAUUCCAGUAUGAGCCCCACCCGAGGACCAAUGUCCUCCUGCUGCGGUCUGAUGAGGACCUCAUUGAGGUUCUAGAGGACAAUCAAGUCCAGCUUCAGAACCUGAUGAUGUCCAAGUAUGUUUCUUUCUUCCUGGAGGAAGUGUCAAGCUGGCAGAAGAAGCUGUCCACUGCAGAUGCAGUCAUCUCUAUCUGGUUUGAGGUGCAGCGCACCUGGUCCCACCUGGAAAGUAUAUUCAUCGGAUCUGAAGACAUACGGGCUCAGCUACCCCAGGAUUCUAAAAGAUUCGAAGGCAUCGACGCCGACUUUAAGGAGCUAGCUGAUGAUAUUCAGAAAACUCCAAAUGUAGUGGAAGCCACCAACAAACCAGGUCUCUAUGAAAAGCUGGAAGACAUUCAGAGCAGACUGUGCCUAUGUGAGAGAGCACUGGCAGAGCAUCUAGAUACCAAAAGGCUUGCCUUCCCUCGGUUUUACUUUCUCUCCUCUUCUGAUCUGCUGGACAUCCUUUCCAAUGGCACAGUUCCGCAACAGGUUCAACGCCACCUUUCCAAACUCUUUGACAAUAUGGCCAAGAUGCUGUUCCAGCUAGAUGCCAGCAAGAACCCAACCAAGACAAGUCUUGGCAUGUACAGCAAAGAAGAAGAAUAUGUGGCUUUUAGUGAGCCCUGUGACUGCAAUGGGCAGGUAGAAAUAUGGCUGAACAAUGUGCUUUCUCACAUGAGAGCCACAGUGAGGCAUGAGAUGACAGAAGGUGUGACCGCCUAUGAGGAAAAGCCAAGGGAGCAGUGGCUGUUUGACUACCCAGCUCAGGUGGCCCUGACCUGCACUCAGAUCUGGUGGACAACAGAGGUAGGCAUUGCGUUUGCCAGGCUGGAGGAAGGCUAUGAGAAUGCCAUGAAGGACUACUACAAGAAGCAAGUAGCUCAGCUCAAAAUCCUCAUCACCAUGCUGAUAGGUCAGCUCUCCAAGGGGGACCGGCAGAAGAUCAUGACCAUAUGCACCAUCGAUGUGCAUGCCCGAGACGUGGUGGCCAAGAUGAUUGCUCAAAAGGUGGACAAUGCACAAGCUUUCCUCUGGCUAUCCCAGCUACGCCAUCGUUGGGAUGAUGAAGCCAAACACUGCUUUGCCAACAUAUGUGAUGCCCAGUUUCUAUACUCCUAUGAGUACUUGGGAAAUACAUCUCGCUUAGUGAUCACACCUUUGACUGACAG